CAGAGACAACCAGUGAAGAACUGCCCCCUCAUCUGCGGGAGGAGCCUCCUGAAGAGCUUGUCUACACUUAAAAGGCUCCAGUGGUGCCAGUGCAGCUUGGUAAUCCACCUCCCUGCGUGGUGGUAGCUAUGUCAACAGGAGAAGUCCUCCUCUCGAUAUAGCGCUGUCCACACCGGAAGUUAGGGAUGGACAAGUGAGCGUUGUCAAGCUGGCUGACUUCUUGAAAGUGCAUGCUCUAAAGUCAGAGUGAAGAGUGAGGCACUGAGAAGAGAAAAUAUAAAGAGAGCACGUACUGGACGGAUCAAUUGCUGACAGCCCUAAUUUCGUUCCUAAUAAUCUAUCUCACCAGAAGAAAAACUUUUAGUGCACAACCUUGAAUUAUUUUACAUCUAUCAUGUUUUGCAAUCCUGGCACCAUCUCUGAUACAGAUUUUUUUUCAUACUCUCCUUCGUCGCCCAGAGUUCAACGUGUGGCCGCACACCACCAUGCUGUUCUAAUCCUGCUCUGAAGACUGAAUUAUUCAUUUCCUCGUGGGAUUUUCCAUGGUUAAUACUGAAACCCCAUGCUGAGAGAAGCAACAGAAAUUAGUAAGGAGCUGGCAGGAUUGACUUAUGAGCACAGACUUUGAAAAACUAAAUCUGUCUACCAUGACUAUAAGACGCUUCCCCCUGCUCAGCCUAUCUCCACAGGAGGUGAAGAUGUAACCCUCAGUAUGAAAGACUCCAGCAAGGACCAUCAACAACAGCAGGUGGGAGUGCUCUGGAGAGUGACGGGAGGCCUGUUCAGCAUCACACGGGGAGCUGUGGGGGCAACGUUGGGAGGAGUUGCCUGGGUUGGCAGCAAGAGCCUGGAACUCACCAAAACAGCUGUGACCAGCGUCCCUGCCGCCAGUGUUGGACUGGUAAAGGGCAGCGUCUCGGUGGUGACCAGUGGCGUGGGAGCUGUGGGCAGUGCCGUUGCCAACAAAGUCCCUUUCACCACAAAGAAGAAGGACAAGGCUGACUAACUCAGAUUGCAGCUUCCUUAGAAAAGAUCAGUCCAUACGCUCCCUCUCCACAGCACCUCUUCAGAUUGGAAACAGCUGCCUCAAGGAGGGGGCAAAGCACCAGUGUAGACUCCAGCUGCAGCCCGCUCAGCACCACCUGCCUGGAUCAGAGCUCACAGAGUCACUGCAAAUUCCUUUCACUCCUAUCACCUACUGGGGGCCCACUCUCCUCCGAGGGCUUUGUAGGCACAGCUGUCUCUACCCUGCAAUUUCCUUCCCCUUUCUUACUCUCCCGAGCCCAAAGGAGUGAGAGUGGGCACUGAGAGAUGGUAGGGGGUGGGUGGGAAGAACUGUGCUCCAUCAUGAAGCCCAUACAUGCUCCUGAUGUUCCUUUCAUUGUAUUUAGUUAGAGAUCAGCUUCAGGCUGCUGGGAGGUAUUCUUAAGAUUUGCUGGGGGAAAGGGGGGAUUGUUAUAAGAAAGUCCCAUUAACAUGAAGAAGAGAUACUGUGGCUAACGAAGGCUUGUUCCUCCCCUAGAGAAAUGGAGGGGAGUAUCCAUAUCGCUUUGUCUAUAGGUCUCAGUCUCCAAGCUGGUCCUCCCAGCUCCGCACUCAGGCUGUGCGCUCCCUUGGAAGAGGGAACCCUCAGUCCUAGCAGAGGAGCUCUCAUGGUGAUAUCACACGAGUAUGUUAUACAAACUGGAGCAGAUUUCCUAGUUUAGGGGUGAGUGGAGGAGGAAAUCUCUGUCUGUCGCCUGGGGGGACGGAGUACCAGGUGACCGUAGUGCCAGAGUCAGAGGCACCAUUGCAACGUUACAGCAGGGAGGCCAAGUCCCUGUAAUGUUAUAGCAGGAGGUAGCACUGCUGCCAUAAUAUUAUGGCAAUAGGCAGCCAGUGCAGCUUCAGCAGUAAGGGGCACCAAUGCUUUUGUCACAGGUGAUGCAAACUUGGCCUUAAUGUAAGCUGGUGCAACCUGCUGAAGUCAUUGGCGUUUCUCCCAUGCACAGCAGAGUCCAUCUGGCUCCAUACCUUGCUCACGGUACCGCUCCUCAGCCGUGUUAAAGAACAUAUGUUUUAAAGGUGGGGACCCUGGUUUGCCUCCAAGGGGUGUAAUGUUAAACCCUGGUAAAGCAUGUUCCUGAACCUCAUUUGAGUCCUGCAGUCAGGAUUAGCCUAUGCCACCACUCUUACUAUGGCUUGGCACCUCAAAGAACAGCUCCCUGAGGUGUGGUGGCAUCAUUGUGCGUACACAAGCCUGCUUUAGAGAGCGAUUUCCCUGGAUUAGUGAGAGUACACUCCAAAACAGGUGAGCGUAGAGCUAAUGUGCACAAUGCAUCAGCAGUUCGUACACCACACACUACUCGUGGGGUUCCAGCCUGCCUCAGUGGAACGAGCAUGUGACGCUAAAUAGCCAUCAUGUGUUCUUUAGCUCAGCAAAACCCCAAAAACUAAGUCUGCUGCUGCCUCUCCAUCCUAACCCACUCAUGGUGUUCCAGGUGUCACGUGAUUCUCUCUCUCUCUCUCUCUCUCCCUGAGUCCCAGCAGCCCCUAGGAUUAAUGGAAUAAGGAAAGCCCCAGGUUCCAGCAUUAACUCUGCCUUUUCUGGCUUUUGUCAGGUUUUUUUGCCUAGAUUGUUAGGUUUUGGGGUACAUAGAAAAGUGACGCAGUGUUUGCAAUGUAUUUUAUAAAUAUGCAUCUAUAUUAGCAUGUGUGUAUGAAAUCUGCAGUACACAGGCAUGUUUUCAACCAGGUAAACUAAACUGUACUACUGCUGCGGACCUGUUUACAUAUUCAUCUUUGGCAGUUCCCGCAUAUCGUUUUUUAUAUAGGGACGCUGUCCGAAUAAAAAGAAUGUUUUAGAA